CCGAGCACGUGCCACGCGGCGGCACAGUUCAACAUCGGGCCGCGCUGCCGCCGCUCCAAGCAGCAGUUGCAUCGAUCGGGCCGGCCGCGAAGGGCCCGCUGCAGACUCGCCCGCUCAUGAGUCUGAGCGCAGAGUACCUGGACAUGGACAAGGGGGACGCCGGGCCGGGCAAGCGCCGGGGCUUCUUCGUGAGCCACAGGUGCCUCGCCGCCGCCGCGCUCCUAGUCCUGGCUGCACUGGUGGUCGUCGGCCUAGCCACCCGCUACCUGUCCCCGGAGGCCUCCGGCGCCCUCCAGCACGCCCCCCAGGAGCCGUCGGCCCCCGUGGUACGCGUCACCGACCUCCGACUGCCCAGGAGCGUGCAGCCGCUCCACUACGAGGUCGAGCUGUCACCCCGGCUCUUCGGGGACUUCGCGUUCACGGGCGCCGUGGCGGUCACCAUGCACUGCCUGAGCGCCACGGACGCCGUGGUCAUGCACUCCAAGGACCUGAACGUGUCCGACGUGUCUGUGGAGGAGACGACCAGCAACGUCCUGGUGCCGUGCGGUGCGCCGGUCCACGACGCGGCGCGGCAGUUCCUCCGCUUGCCGCUGCACAAGACGCUCAGUGCGGGCACCAACUACACGCUGAGGAUGCGCUUCCGAGGCUGGCUCAACGACGACCUGGCCGGCUUCUACCGGAGCUCGUACACGGACGCCGCCGGCAACAAGAGGUGGCUGGCCGCGACGCAGUUCCAGGCGACGGAUGCCCGGAGGGCGUUCCCAUGCUUCGACGAACCCGACAUGAAGGCCACGUUUGCCGUGACCAUGGUGCGGCCGAGCAACCUCACCGCCAUCUCCAACAUGCCGCUCAAGUCCUCCGUCGACAGGGGGAACGGUUUGAUAGCCGACACCUUCGAAACCACGGUAAAGAUGUCCACGUACCUGCUGGCGUUCGUGGUUUCCGACUUCCAGUUUCACGGCAACGAAAAGUUCAAAGUGUGGGCGCGGGCAGACGCCAUCACUGCAGUGGAGUAUUCCUUGUCCAUAGGGCCCAGGAUCCUGGAGUACUACGAGGAAUACUUCUCCAUAAAGUAUCCGCUUCCCAAGACAGAUAUGAUCGCGCUGCCCGACUUCAGCGCCGGCGCCAUGGAGAACUGGGGGCUGGUCACCUUUCGGGAGACGUCGCUGCUCUUCAACAAGGGCGCCUCCUCUUCCUACAACAAGCAGCGAGUGGCCGAGGUGGUGGCCCACGAACUCGCCCACCAGUGGUUUGGAAACCUGGUGACGAUGGAAUGGUGGGACGACCUGUGGCUCAACGAGGGAUUCGCCACUUACGUCGAAUACAUCGGCACCGAUGUCGUCCACAAAGACUGGGGAAUGCUGGACCAGAUUGUGGUGAACGAAGUGCAGUCCGUCAUGGAGCUGGACGCCUUAAAAUCCUCCCACCCGGUCUCUGUGCCCGUGGAUAAUCCGGACGAAAUCAGCGAGAACUUCGACAAGAUCUCUUACUCCAAGGGCGCGUCUAUUAUACGGAUGAUGUGUUACUUCCUCACUGAGAAAAUCUUCAGGAAGGGUGUCACGAAUUACCUCAGAAAGAGGGCCUACGCCAAUGCCAAGCAAGAUGACCUAUGGGCGGAGCUCACGAUGGCCCAGGUGCAAGAUCCGCCGGUGGACGUGAAGAAAGUGAUGGACACCUGGACGCUUCAGACGGGCUUUCCGGUGGUCACCGUGAACAGGUCAUACGACCAAAGAACCGCCGUCCUCACGCAGAAGCGCUUCCUUUUGGACGAAGGCGCUGCCAAAAGCGUUCUGUGGCAAAUUCCGAUCACGUAUACAGACUCCGUCCAUCGAAACUGGAACGACACGACUCCCAGGGUGUGGCUGAAUGACGAAUCAGUGAGCAUAUCGCAGCUGCCGGCCGCGUCGGAGUGGUUCAUUGCCAACGUCCAGGAGGUUGGCUACUACAAAGUCAAUUACGACGAGCGAAACUGGAACCUGCUCAUAACGCAGCUGUUGACGGGACACACGGAAAUUCAUGAAAACAACCGAGCCCAAAUAAUUGACGACAUCUUGGAUUUAGCAAGAGCUGGCGUCGUCGACUACAAGCUCGCCCUGAAGGUCACAGAAUACCUUCCGCGUGAAACCGAGUACAUUCCAUGGGAUGCGGCAUUUAGCAACUUACUCUUCCUCGGCAGCAGACUGGAUACCAAAGAAGUGUACGGCAUCUGGAUGAAAUACGUCUUGACUCUCAUCAAGCCAAAUUAUGACCGACUCUCGUGGGACCAAGUUGAAGGAGAGUCAGUCCUUACAUCCUACCUGCGAGCGGACACCUACUCGAUUGCUUGCAAGUACGGCCAGAAGGACUGCGUCGACCAUGCGGUCAGACUCUUGCAGUCAUGGAGAAGCAACGCACAGGGCUCCAACCCAAUCAAUCCGGACUACCGGCCGUUCGUUUACUGCACAGCAGUCGCCCACGGAGACUAUGACGACUGGCAAUUUUUGUGGCGGACGUACAACGAAACCAAGGAUGCUUCAGAAAAGUCCAAGAUACUUUCCAGUCUGGGAUGUUCCAAGGAACCCUGGAUAUUGACCAGUUUCCUGGAGAAGGUCAUCACGCCGAGUUCCGGAAUCCGUCGCCAGGACGGCGCUGCGGUCUUUACUUCAGUGGGGAGCUCCGUCUACGGACGAAGCAUCGCUUUCAACUUCCUUUUGAGCAACUGGGCCCAAAUCCACAAAAUGUACGCGGGCAGCGCAUUUACCCUGCCGCGGGUAUUCUCUGCGGCGACAGGGAACAUCCGUUCUCGGUUCGAGCUGGAUCAGCUCAAGACCUUCUACAAACAGAACCAAGGAACCGUUUCGUCGAUAGAGCGAACUUACAGACAGACCGUAGAGAGGGCCGAGUUCAACAUGCGGUGGAUGGACAAGAACUACGAGAAGAUAGGCGAGUGGCUCGUCGCCAAGAGCGGAUAAGUUCUUCUAGGCUCUAGAGUUCAAAAUCAAAGCCCCUUCCAAUGUCUUCCCCGUGCCAAUACGGCUUGUACAUUUCAUGUAAAAAAAAAAGGCAAAGGAUGCACGCUGCUGUUUCGUGCGCAAAACUUUUGGCGGGUUUUUCGCACGAAAAGGAACGACCAACUUACUUUAUGCAUCGCAGACUACUACGCGAGAUUUACGUGGAAAUAAAAUCAUCGUCCUUGUUGAACGCGGUGUUUGACAUCUGAGACCACUGGUAGGGUACGUGGCGCCAUAUAGUAGCAGCUGUGCUUAUUAUCCGAGUCCGCCAUUGUUUGGCCACGUACUCUGA